AUGCCAUUUCACUGAUUGAGACUCAUGGUAUGUGGAAAUCGGUAUUGGACUUUUGGAAUUUGGUACGCUUAUUUACGUUUUUGUUGGAGGAGCAGCUCGGUAAUUACCUGCGUAAAGCCCUCCGGCGUUCGUAGACAACGCGCCUCGAAUCCGAUCAUUAUUCACGCUCAAGGGAACAACAAGUGGUAUAAAGGUUAUCAUUAUAAAUCAUAUUACCAUGUUUGACGGUGACCCGAGGGAGAGCGUGAAGACCACUCAUCGUGAGACGGAGGAGUUUAGGCGGACGGCGGUGAGGAGAAAGUCGAAGGGAAUGCCGCAGACUGAAGUGUCUCCUAAACCUGCCCAUCUCCAGAGCCCUGGGAAGAGCCCUGUCAAGGGGCCAGAAGGAGCUCUUCUCACAGGGAAGGGAUCAGGACCCCAAGCUAGGGGGCUAACAGUCCACAGCCCAGGAAAGUGUCAUGGGACCAGGCCAAGCCACAGCCUGGUGAAGGGGGUACCACCAGGGACCCAGAGCCCAGGAAAGGGUCUACGUGUCCACAGCCCAGGAAAGCGCUUCAAACUAGGAUCUCAGUCCCCAGGGAAAGGAGCAGGAUCCAGGCUGAACCAGCUGAGAAGCCCUGGGGCCAGGAUGAAGAGACAUGGACACAUGGCAGGAUCACCCUGCAGCCUGCCUGACCUCAUUCACCUUGAGGAAAACCAGUCUGUGCUCAGAUCAGCUAACAGCAGCCCAACACAUACCACCACCUCUAUAAGCCUGGACCAGCCUAGAGACCCAGACAGUGGGUCUACCGACAGCUCCCACACAGGACUGGAUGCUCACAGACACAGUCCAGACAGGGCAGUAGUAGUGGCCCAUAGGGAGGGCAGAGCGAGGGAAAUCUCUCCCAUAAAUAUGAACAGUUUGGACCUGAUGAGGGACACUGUACUGGUCGAUGGCCAUGUAGGAGACGGAGGGAAGGUGGAUACAGGGCUCAACGUGGACCUGUCCCCCUCUCACAGAACUGAGAUUGGGACUGAGGAGACCAAGCUUCAGGAGAGCUCUUCAGAUGAGAAGAUGGAGAGAGGGAGUGAGGAGGUGAUGGUGCAGGAGAGCUCUACAGAAGAGAAGAUGGAGAGGGGGAGUGAGGAGGUGAGGGUGCAGGAGAGCUCUUCAGAUGAGAAGAUGGAGAGGGGGAGUGAGGAGGUGAGGGUGCAGGAGAGCUCUUCAGAUGAGAAGAUGGAGGGAGGGAGUGAGGAGGUGAGGGUGCAGGAGAGCUCUUCAGAUGAGAAGAUGGAGAGGGGGAGUGAGGAGGUGAGGGUGCAGGAGAGCUCUUCAGAUGAGAAGAUGGAGGGAGGGAGUGAGGAGGUGAGGGUGCAGGAGAGCUCUUCAGAUGAGAAGAUGGAGGGAGGGACUGAGGAGGUGAGGGUGCAGGAGAGCUCUUCAGAUGAGAAGAUGGAGAGAGGGAGUGAGGAGGUGAGGGUGCAGGAGAGCUCUUCAGAUGAGAAGAUGGAGGGAGGGAGUGAGGAGGUGAGGGUGCAGGAGAGCUCUUCAGAUGAGAAGAUGGAGGGAGGGACUGAGGAGGUGAGGGUGCAGGAGAGCUCUUCAGAUGAGAAGAAGAUGGAGGUGAGGGUGCAGGAGAGCUCUUCAGAUGAGAAGAUGGAGGGAGGGACUGAGGAGGUGAGGGUGCAGGAGAGCUCUUCAGAUGAGAAGAUGGAGGGAGGGAGUGAGGAGGUGAGGGUGCAGGAGAGCUCUUCAGAUGAGAAGAAGAUGGAGAGAGGGAGUGAGGAGGUGAGGGUGCAGGAGAACUCUACAGAAGAGAAGAAGAUGGAGAGAGGGAGUGAGGAGGUGAGGGUGCAGGAGAGCUCUACAGAAGAGAAGAUGGAGGGAGGGAGUGAGGAGGUGAGGGUGCAGGAGAGCUCUACAGAAGAGAAGAAGAUGGCGAGAGGGAGUGAGGAGGUGAGGCUGCAGGACUCCACUGAACAGAAGCUAUAUAAGAUUGCUAACGAGCUUCUACUCACAGAGAGGGCCUAUGUUGCUCGCCUUCACCUGCUAGACCAGGUGUUCUGUGCGCGGCUGACUCAGGAGGCCGGUAAAGGCUUGUUCCCUGUAGAUGUGGUGAGGACCAUCUUCUCCAACAUCUCCUCCAUCCACACCUUCCACAGCCAGUUCCUACUGCCAGACCUGGAGACGCACAUGGGCCAAUGGUCUGAGAGCCCUCGUCUGGGUGAUGUCAUGCAGCAGCAUGCUCCCUUCCUCAGGAUGUAUGCUGAGUACGUGAUGAGCUUCGACCAUGCCAUGGAGCUGCUUAGAGUCUGGACGGAGAGGUCCGCACCAUUCAGGAACAUCAUACAGGAUAUACAGAGUCAGGAGGUGUGUGGUAGUCUGACCCUGCAGCACCACAUGUUGGAGCCGGUCCAGAGACUACCUCGUUAUGAGAUGCUGCUGAGAGACUACCUCAAGAAACUGCCUGAUGAUGACUCGGACCACAGUCAUGCAGAGAAGUCUCUGCAGGUCAUCUCCAUGGCAGCAACACACUCCAACAGCGCCAUCCGCCAAUCAGAGAAUCUGAAGAAGCUGCUGGAGAUAUACGAGAUGUUGGGCGAGGAGGAGGAUGUGAUGAACCCCUCCAAUGAGUUCAUCCGGGAGGGACGCAUCCUGAUGCUGUCUGCCAGGCACUCCGCCACGGAGAGACACCUCUUCCUGUUAAACAACAUGCUGCUGUGCUGCACUCCUCGGUUCAGCCUGGGGGGGCAGCGGUUCACCGUGCGGACACGGAUUGACGUGGAGGGCAUGACGGUGCAGCGCACCACCAACGAACACCACCCCCACACCUUCCAGGUGUCUGGCAAGGAGAGGACCCUGGAGAGGACCCUGGACCUACAGGCCAGCUCUGAACAAGACGAAGAGGACUGGAUAAAGGCUUUCCAGGACGCCAUUGAUGUUUUCCGGCAGAAGAAUGAGACUUUUAAGUCAGCUUCUAAAGAAGUAGAGACGGAGGAGCUGGGUCGGCGUGCCCCUCGAUGGAUCAGGGACAGUGAGGUGACCAUGUGUAUGAAGUGUAGCGAACCCUUCAACGCCCUCACCCGAUGGAGACACCACUGCAGAGCCUGUGGCUGUGUGGUGUGUUGGAGGUGUUCAGACAACAAAGUAACUCUGGAGUACGAUGGCAACAAGGUGAACAAGGUGUGUCUAGACUGCCACUUCGCCCUGACCCUCCGGGCCAACAGAGGGGAAAGGGCAAGGAGGGGGGCCAUUGUAGAGGUUCCACACCCCACCUCCCCAUUUCCAUCCCUUUCCCCAGGAUCCGAAGGCCUUAUCUAGGGUCCCCUUGCAGGGGACAGGUGACGGCGGUCGUCAAUGAAAAUGGGAUGGUGGUUAACGGGAUGACAACGCCAUGGUUGGCAAUGGCAAGGGGACUUUCAUCAAUAGCAACGGAAGUGUCACUGGUAAUGGUUACGGGAGUGUCACCAAUAGAAACGGGAUGGCUGUCAAUGACAGUGAGGAGGCUCGCUUGAACAGCCUCCGUGUUCACACACUAUCCCCAAGUGUCUGUACUUGUGUUCAGUGUUAUGGCCUUAAUGAGAUGGUGAGCUCCAAAAGUAUUGGGACAGUGACAAUGUUAAAGUGCAGACGGGUGACACGUUUAGAAAUUACAGCACUUUUUGUACGUAGUCCCCCCAUUUUAGAGAACCAACAGUAUUGGGACAAAUCCACUUAUGGGUAUUAAAGUAGUACAAAGUAUUUUGUCCCAUAUUCCUAGCACGCAAUGAUGACAUCAAGCUUGUGACUCUACAACCUUGUUGGAUGCAUUUGCUGUUUCUUUUGGUUGUUUCAGAUUAUUUUGUUCCCAAUAGAAAUGUAUGGUAAAUAAUGUAUUGUGUAGUUUUGGGGUCACUUGUAUUGUAAAUAAGCAUAUAAUAUAUGUUUCUAAACACUUCUACAUUAAUGUGGAUGCUAAUACAGAUAAGUGAAUUUGUCCCAGUACUUUUGGUCCCCUAAAAUGGGGAGGACUAUAUACAAAAGGUGCUGUAAUUUUGUAAAUAUUGGAUGAAAAUACCCUCAUUAAAGUUGACAGUCUACACUUUAAUCCCAUAGCCAUUGUAUCAUUUGAAAUCCAAAGUGCUGGAGUACAGAGCCAAAAUGACCAAAAAUUUCACUGUCCUAGUACUUUUGGAGCUCUCGAUACCGUAAUGGGUUGGCAAUGAGAUGUAUUUUGUAGAAAAACUCAAGAGAUGCAAUGUAAGAGUAUUCUGGCUAUUCCCUAUCUGGAUCAGAAAAUCAAGUAACCUUUAUAGUUUGUAUUUGAAAUGAUUUACCUUUUGAAAAAAUAAAGUUCAACUUGUUUAAAAGUGAA